ACUCAAUUCGGGUCUUAAAACGUUGCAGAACAUCGCAUUUCUGAAGGAGCAGCAUUCCUGAACAAUGAACGGCCUCCCACAAAGCAAGCACUACAAUCUGACGCACUACCAGCAGAGGUACAACUGGGACUGCGGCCUGUCCUGCAUCAUCAUGAUAUUGUCCACCCAACAGCGGGAUGAGAUGCUGACCAAUUUCGAGGCCAUCUGCAAGGAGGAGGGCUUCGGGUCGAGUACCUGGACCAUUGAUUUGUGCUACCUGCUGCUGCGCUACCAAGUGCGUCACGAGUACUACACCCAGACCUUGGGCAUCGAUCCAAACUACAGCCAACACACGUACUACUCGAAAAUAAUUGACAAGGACGAGAAGCGCGUGACGCGCAAGUUCAAGGAUGCCAAGGCCCAUGGGUUGCGCGUUGAGCAGCGCACUGUCGACAUGGAGGUUAUUCUCAGGCAUCUAGCGCGACACGGUCCGGUAAUCCUGCUGACCAACGCCUCGGUGCUCACCUGCGAGAUAUGCAAGCAGAAUGUACUGGAGAAGUUCGGCUGUUUCCAUAUUCCUUGUAUUGCCCGAAAUACACGCUUGCCCGCCGCCACCAAAAAAAGGUAUGCCGGACACUAUGUGGUGCUCUGCGGCUACGACAUGGCCACCGAAAAGGUAUUCUACCACAACCCGGAGGUGCACGAUGGCCAUAUUUGCCGCUGCCUGGCCGAGUCGAUGGAUACGGCGCGUCGUGCCUAUGGCACGGACGAGGACAUCAUCUUGAUAUUCGACCAGAUGGCCAGCAAGGAAUAAAGAGACUCCGAGCGGAGCGUCUGCUGCUCAUCGUAAUCGUAGUACCUGCCCAGCAGUUGCCGUGCUUGAAUGGAGGAUGGAUCUGCGCUUUGUGAUAUUAUUGGAUAGGCUAGAAAAUUACUAAACGAAGAAGGAUUCGAUUGGAUUGGAAAUGGAAUAUGGUUUGGCUAGGCUUGGCUGCUACGUUGUCGAAGCGAAGCAUUUCAUUGGCACAACAGUGGACUUUAUUUGAGUUUAGUUAUAUCAUUGAUACGCGCGCGGCAUCUGACGCAGUUGGUCCCAAAAAAAAACAACAAUUACAAACGCAAUUAUGCAAACAGGACGCCGAUCAGGCUGAUGUCCUGCCCACAUUCCAAUACGAUUAUCAAUACCUUUGUGAAUGUAUAAAUACUAUAUAUGUUGAGUGUCUCUGUAGAAAAUACAAAAGAUUAUUGUUGAAU